CAUCUUGCCAGCCGGAAGGCUUUGCCGUGUCCCUGCAGCUCCGAGCAGCACCGGUGCUGUCCGCAAGAUCCACGGAACAGGGAUCUCCUCUCCUGUGUGCCCGUGGGCAUUCACAGGGCGCUUUGUACUGCCACAGCCCUCCCCCCCUCCUAGGGGAGCCGAGCCGAGUCCCCCCCCUCCCGCCACGCCACUCUCCCGCCACAGAGCUGCUCUCUGCAUCCCUCCCUUCCUCCUCUCCCUCUCCCUUCCACUGUCCCCAGCUUCUUUUCCCGUACUCGCCAUUCCUCCAUCCUCCCCUCCGCUGCACUCCCCCUCUCCCGCACCUGCCUCUCCCCCUUUUAUUCUCCAUCCUGGUCUCUCCCCCCGCUCCGCUCCGUCCAUCCCCUCCUUCCUCUCCCGCUGCCGGUGCUCCCGUGCCCGGCGCCCAUUGGCUGCCGGUACCCGUCCCCCGGCAGCCGCCGCUCCGCUCCCUCUGCCCGCGCCCGGCGGACGCGCCCCCUCCCGCGGGUGGCCGGGGCAGCGCGGCGGGGAGACCCGCCGGCCCGGGUGAGGGACCCCGCAGCGCCGGCCGCCGCCAGCGGGCGCGGCAGUGGGCCUCGGUGCCACCCCAGUGCCGCCCCAGUCACGGAGGGGGAGAUGGGCAGGGCCAGGAAGGACUCGAGUCUCCGGUAGUGCUCGGUGGGACCCCCUCCCUCCAGGGACCGCUUGGCUCAGUUGCUUUUGAGAAAGGGGAAGGGGGAAAACGUGACACGGAUUUUCCCGGUGAAGCAGAGGAAAAUGUACCUCCCAACGACACAUUGCUAACUGAUCCUGCAAGGACACUGCCCACUGCCCUUUUCCCUGCCUCUGCUAUGGACACUUCUGCUUUCAGCCUCCCCACGCCGGCAGUGUCAGAGGAGGGGAAUGCCUCUGGCAGCUGGGCAGGCUUCACCACCCCCAACAGCUCCACCACCGCCAGCCCUGGUGUGGUUGUCAGCGGUGUCCUCAUCCCUCUGGUCUACCUCAUUGUCUGUGUGGUGGGGCUGGCUGGAAAUUCUCUGGUCAUUUACGUGGUCCUGCGGCACUCUGUGAGUGAGUCGGUGACCAACGUCUACAUUUUGAACCUGGCCCUAGCUGAUGAGCUCUUCAUGCUGGGCCUGCCAUUCCUGGCUGCACAAAAUGCCCUGUCCUACUGGCCAUUUGGGUCUUUCAUGUGUCGCCUGGUGAUGGCUGUGGAUGCCAUCAACCAGUUCACCAGCAUCUUCUGCCUGACAGUAAUGAGUGUUGAUCGCUACCUGGCCGUGGUCCACCCAGGGAAGUCCUCCAAAUGGCGGACAGCACGAGUGGCCAAGGCCGUUAGUGCAACUGUGUGGGUGCUGUCUUCUGUAGUGGUGCUGCCCGUGGUCAUCUUCUCGGACGUCCCUUUAGGAAUGAGCACAUGCCACAUCCAGUGGCCAGAGCCUGCCUCGGUGUGGAGAGCUGGCUUCAUUGUCUACACUGCCACCCUGGGCUUCUUUGGGCCAUUGCUGGUGAUUUGUCUCUGCUACCUUCUUAUCGUUGUGAAGGUUCGUUCUUCUGGCAGGCGGGUGAGGGCUCUGUCUUCCAAGCACAAGCUUUCAGAGCGCAGAGUGACCCGCAUGGUGGUGGCUGUUGUGGCCGUCUUUGUCCUUUGCUGGCUUCCCUUCUAUGUUCUCAACAUAAUCAAUGUCGUCUGCCCACUGCCAGAGGAGCCAUCCCUCUUUGGCGUUUACUUCCUCGUGGUGGUGCUGCCAUAUGCCAACAGCUGUGCCAAUCCUAUCAUCUAUGGCUUCCUCUCUUACCGCUUCAAGCAGGGCUUCCGGAGGGCCAUCCUCAGGCCAUCCCGCCGGAUCCAGAGCCAGGAGGUGCCAGCGUGCCCCCCAGAGAAGACUGAUGAUGAAGGGGAAGAGGGUGAGAUCAGCAAGAUCACCCAGAAUGGUAAUGACAGGCAGGAGCACCCUCUAAGCAGUAGGGAAGGAGAAAGCAAUGAGCAAAAACCACUCCCUGAAGAGCCUGUGGGAUGUGAAAAGAGCAACAAGUUGCAUGUCAGUUAUUUAUGAUGAAAGGGACGGUGCAGGGGACAGACACACUGGGACAUGGGACCCCCUUCACCCUCCGUGCUUUUCCACCUCAAAGGCAAUAGGAGGUGUUGAUACAAGGGAAUAUUAAAGUCCAAGACUGCUUAAAAAUGAAGAGAGCUCCAUAAUCUUGUGGAAGACACAAGGCAUUGUUCUUGGCUUUGGAAGGGACACCUGAGGUUUGGUAAAGGAAGGACUGCACCCAGGGAGAGCUGAAGAGAUGAUGGGCACUGACAGUAUAGAGAAAGCAAUGUCAGCACUAGACUGCAUGAUUUGUCCUUAGAUGACCCAACUGUGAAGGUCAUCAUCUGCCAUCUGACUGAGGCACCUCAAGGAAGUCCUUAAAUGACAUAUACAACAAAUAGGCAUCCCAGUGCCUUGAUUAUCUUCCUUAUAAACACGAGAAGUAGUUUACCCUGUAAGAAAAACAGGAAGGAACAAUGUCUGCAGCAAAGACAUACGAGCCAGUUACAUGCACGGGUGACCCCUCUCUAGCUCUCCAGUAAGCCUUGGGGACAACUUUCCUACCCAUGCUCAUCGUGGCUGGAGACCACUCUGACUGCUCAAAGCCUCCUCUUUCUUUCCAGGGCUCUCAUGGACUCUGGGUAGGGGGAUGAGACUUACCUGGGAGAGCAAAUGGGACAUUUCUUUUCUGCAUCUCAAAUUCUUCAGGGUUUUCCUGGUGCCUCUGCAUCCUGGUGGAAGGUGUAACAAGGGUAGAGGAGAAGACAACAGGGCAUGGGUUGGAGGCAGGGUUUCCUACAAGCUGAAAUGCCCUUUCCCCUUUCCUCUCCCUAAGCCUUAUUGUAAAUAAACAAACAGCCUUUGAACUUAAAAGGCCAACUGGGCAGAACAGUUCUGUGUGUUUAGGGAAGAGGGGUGCCAUAGAUUUGGCUCUCCUGAGAAUACACAAUGCCUCUGAAAUGAGUUGAUCUCUGCAGAGAUUAAUGUUUGGCUGGUGCAGGAGAUCGAGGCAUGUAUCAGUAGCAGAUGGCGGCAGGGAGCAGAGGGAGGUUGGGGGAUCUCCAGCAUGUGAGAGCUGUGUUUGCAGGAGUCUGGGCAAUAGGAGGAACUGAUUUGUCUUGUGGGAAAUGUUAGAAUAUUUGGCCCAGGAUGGAGAGAAAUGGUGUGUCUGCAUGCACACAAAGGUGGUUGUAGGCAAGUUUGAUCACUGGACUGCACAUGUAUGAGAAUGGCCAAACAGGAUCAGAGAUCAAGGAGCCAGGGCUAGUGGAAGACAUGCAUGGGCUGAGCACUGAUGCUAAUCUGUGUGUGGCUGUGGGGUGCAUAUAAAUGUGUACAAAUGUACAUGAAGGGGUAAGCAUGCGUGUAAGUGUAUACAAACAUAGAUGAGGAAGUGUGGUUAUGUAAUUGUGGGAUGUUUAAGUGCAGAUAUGGUUGUGUAGGCAUGCAAGUAUGUAUGGAAAUGUGUGCGUGUGCACAUGUGAAUGCUUGGGUAAGAAUGUGAGAGUAUGUGUGCUGCUGUGAGUGCUGAAUGAGUGCUUGUUUCUGUGCAUCGGCUGUCGGAGGGAAGUUGUGGGUGGGCCCAUCCAAGUGUGCAGGCUAGAGGGGCAGAAAUGUACAAGGGUGAGUAGGUCUCUCCACUUUGACUUUGUUCCUGCAGGCUCUGCUGAAUCUCCGUCCCUAUACCUUGAACUUCUCCAUGAAUGCUGUUGCUAAGCUACAGCCACAAAGAUGACUCUUAUACUAGAGCCCUUGGUUGUAUUCGGGCACUUUUCUCCACAAAUAAUUUUGAGAAAUGGGAAGGAGGGACCCACUAGGAGGAGACAUGCCUCCCUGACGUCAGGAGAUGUUGGAGGUGGCAGUCUGUGGAGGGUCAGUGACAAGAGCUGGUUGGGUGAUGGAAAGAUUCCUCACAGGUCACUUGAGAGAAGACAUGAGAUGUGAAGGGAUAGCAUGGGAUCAGUUGUGCUGGAACAGAAGACAAAAGCCCUGGACUGGGAAGCAGAACAAGCUGCAGCAGCUGAGGAUGACAGGAACAGAACCACUUCAUGAGGAAGCAGGAGACAAGGUCACCCAAAGGUGACAUAAGAAGAAGCGAAGGCCUAGCAGGCAUCAGGAGAACUGCAGUGUAGGGCACCCAAGUUCAGGAAAAGAGUGUCACAGGGCUUCAGGUAAGGAGACAUGUCACAGCCAGGCCAGAGAGCAGAGGAAGGGUGGGAAGGACUGCAAACAUGACCAAGCAAAAGACAUUCAGCUGUGUUCUCAGCCACUGGUACAGCUGACAGAGAAAGAUUGUCCCUACGAAUGCUCCAUCCUCUUGUUUCCUCUUUGAACCUGGAUUGCUGGUGCCAAGCUGUCCAUGCCUAUAGGCUCAACCUCUGGAGCUGAGCUACCAGUGAUACCACACAGCUAUUGCUUAGCUCCUCUUACAAAGUGUGCUUGCUGCCCUGAGCAUGGGCAGACACCCAGGAGUGCAGGCUCAACUCUUGGGGAAAAGAAAGUGCUUGGUAGCCAGUUUCUAUCCUCUGCUACCUCUUCACAUCUCCUCCUCCUUCCACCCAUGCAUCAGCUGCCCACACUCUAGGCCCCAGUGAGAAAAGCAGCCAAAUUAUUCAUAAGCACGGGUUAUACAGUCUUGUGGACUAAAAAAGCCUUUUUUUUUUUUGGUUUGGGGAGCUCCCACUGCAUCUACUGGAUGAGGCACAAUCAAGAAAUCCUAGCAGAAUGAAGACAAACUGCCAAAGCUCCUGCCUGUACAAGGGGCAGCAAACAGCAGGGAAUUUAAAAGGUGUGGCUAUCAAGUGGUGAGAUAGAUGGACAACACAGCACUUUAAACGGGGGUCUGUGUUGCUCCUCUUGCAGUGAGGAGCAGGGCAAGGUGAAUGCUGGGCACCACUGGCAUAGCAAUCACUGUAGGGCAGGGGAGAAAUGGUAUUAGGUGAGGAGCAUGGAACACUUUUUGUGGUUGAUGACCAGGCACUGAAGAAGGUAUGAGACAGUGAAUGAGGACCUUGCAGAAGGCAGCUCAAAUGGGUGGUAGGCAGAUAUAGGAAGGGUUUCCUUCUCUGCAGAGUGGCUGCCCAGCUGCUGUGGGGAGAUGGGGGAGUUCCCUGGCUGCCAACAAGCUUAACAGAGAUGCUCUCCUUCACCAUUGAAUGGAGCUGAGACUUCAUUUUGCAAGCCUUUGCAGCUCCAUCUGCUGCAAGUCACCACUCAAGAAACUCCACCAACUGGUUGGCUUCUUAAAAUACCUGCAUCUUUGAAAAGCCCAAGCACUGCAACGCCAGCACCAAGCAAGCGUGCCAAGGAGACAUCAUUUUGAUACAUGGAGUCUGAGCCCACUAGCAAGGCAGCUCUGCGGGGGAGCCUGCUGGGAAAAACAAAAUGUGCUCUGGAGAGACCUGCAAAAUAAUGGGGGGUCUUUAGUUUAAACAGGAGUUUAAAAGAAAAGGAUCAUAAGCAUCAUAUUUUUCUGUCUUGUGUUUUCUUCUCCCCUGUAUGCCGCAUCCUAUUUCUCAGUGACAAAUCGGGGGAAGAAAUGGAGACAAACUAAAAAUGAGACUGAGGGAGGGAAAAGAAAAGGUAUUUUUUGUCUGAAAUUCAUGAGGAGAAAACAAAUGCUACAAAAACCUGCCAACUGUCACCACUGAUUAAAAGGCUGUUUUUUAUAGGAACAGACGUUUGGAACGACGGACAGUACCUUGCUGCCUCCUGACCCUUGCCCCUCUCCUCAGCUCUGUCUCCCUCCUGGUGAAUCCUCAGCUUUGUCUGUGGUAGCAGCGUUAAUCUGACCACCCUUAUGAUCCCUCUCCUAAUGAUGGUGUGGUUGACUCCGGGCAACCCAGAGGCCAUGAGGACCGUGCGCAGUGGCUAAGUGAAAUUCUGGACAUGUUCAGGGGGAUUUGUUCCAGUCAGAUAUGGAAAUGGAUUUUUCUAUUCUGGGUGCAGAGACGUGGAGAUAAGGGCUCCAUCAAGCCCUGCGCUGCACAAAAGGUUUUAUUCUCAUCACGUAGAGGUUGAAGCUGCAAGACUAGUUAGGGCCGCAGUGAUUUCAGCAGCAUUGUGCAGUGCCUCUUCCCAGCAAACGUUUGAUCAUAGACAGGGUGUUAGAGACACGGAGAGCCCGUUCUGCCAGCCGCUCAGGGAGUUUAUACGCACAUGACAAGAGUGCACAAGGGCAGAUAUAGAGGCAUAUGUAUGUGAUGUGUAUACAUGCAUAUAAAUGAGUAUUGAUGUGGUUGCACGCGUGUGUGUGGGGGUACAUGUGACUGUGUGAAUGUGUAUGAAUAUAUAUGCAUAUUCACGUCUCUGAGUGCUUUGAUUCAAGUAUAUUUAUGUGUGCAUGAGACCAUAUGUGGCCACCCACACAGAUGCACACAUACCCAGACAUGCACGUACCUCUUGGCCUAAGCAUGAACGGAAGAACAUAGCACAUACACCUCCAUAUACAGUGCAGGCAUGGGCUAAAACUGGGAGAUGACAAUGGGACCUUGAAAAUGGGACCCACACACAGACCCACCAUACAUGCACACCCAAGCAGAUUUCUGCCAGCCCAACAGUGGCCUGGGGCAGCUUUGAACCCACUCAAUGUGACCCUUUUGCUCUGCACAGGAG